AAAGCGAAAGGGAAACUCGACGCCGCGGGCGGCUUCAGGCCGCGGUGCGCUCUCCAUGACCCUGUGGCCGUGCGUCCUCUCGUUCCUGCUUCCCUUACUCGGGGAUGGCUCCCGCCCCGAAUUUCCAACAGCAAAUCUCUCCUUUCUCUUGCUCAAUCCCAGGGGGAGUGAGUGGAAGAAGGAAGCCGCCCUGCGGGAAAGCAUUAAGAGAAUUAAGCAUUGGAAUUCAUUAUCACUUGGUGACAAUAUUACUGCUUUGUAUGGAAUAAAUCAGUUUUCUCACUUAUUUCCUGAAGAAUUUAAAGCUGUUUACCUACAAAGUAGACCUUCUAAAGUUCCCAGAUAUGUUCCUCAAGUUACAUUACAGGGAACAGACUCACCUUUACCAGCAAAGUUUGAUUGGAGGGACAAGAAUGUUGUUACAGAAGUGAGAAAUCAAAGAGAGUGUGGUGCCUGUUGGGCUUUCAGUGUUGUUAGUGGAAUAGAAUCUGCUUAUGCAGUUAAGGGAAAUGUCCUGGAAGAACUCAGCGUACAGCAGGUCAUUGACUGUUCAUACAAUAAUUAUGGUUGCAAUGGUGGUUCAACCGUUACUGCGCUGAGUUGGCUAAAUCAGACACAUGUGAAACUGGUGAGAGAUUCGGAGUAUGUCUUUAAAGCUCAUACAGGAUUGUGCCAUUACUUCAAACGUUCCGAUUUUGGAAUCUCAAUUACAGAUUAUAUUGCAUAUGAUCUAAGCAGCCAUGAAGACGAAAUGAUGAAGAUGCUGAUUAAAUGGGGUCCUUUGGCAGUAAUUGUAGAUGCACUUAGCUGGCAAGAUUAUCUUGGUGGUAUCAUACAAUACCAUUGUUCUAGUGGGGAACCAAAUCAUGCUGUAGUUGUAACUGGUUUUGAUAGAACAGGUAGAAUUCCCUAUUGGAUUGUACGGAACUCCUGGGGACAUACAUGGGGAAUAAAUGGCUAUGCUCAUGUUAAAAUGGGUUCUAAUAUUUGCGGUAUUGCUGAUUUAGUUUCUGCUGUAUUUGUGUGAAAUGGCUACUAAGGAUCUGUGGCAAAUAUUGCAGACACUAGUUUAUAACAAUGAAUUUUAUUGUCAAGAAAGGACUGUUGCCAGCAUUCAGACAAUAUCAGUUCUGGGAUCCUGGAAGAAUCUUCCAGCCAGUCCUUCAGAACUAGGUGCUGGCUGCACGAGAUACACAGCAUACAUGAUUCCUAUCUGCUUAUCCCAACAGUUUUCAAUUACUGUUUGAUCUACUAGUGUAUUGGCUAUGCUGCAGAAUGUAUGAACCAACUUCAAAAAAUACUCGUUCAGAAGCCAUAUUUUCUUUGAUACUCUGCUACUACUGAGAUAUAUUUCUAUUCUGGUUUGAGACCUUUUAUAUUCUGGAACACCAUUUGAUGAUUAGAAGCAUAUUCCAAUGUAGUUUUUGCUUCUCCAUUGAUGAAUUUGAUAACAAACAACAGUAAUUAGAAUUGCCAACUUGGAUAAUAGUGGGGGACAGAAGCCUUUUGCACAUAAUAUAGAUAGAAUUUUGAAGUUUUUGCUAUCAACAGUUGAUCACAGUUGAAAUAUUUCUAAUAGUAUAAUAAUUAGUUUCAAUUAAAUGUCUUGAAAAGUUAUAUGAAAUUUUUUCUGUAUAUUCAUGCCAAUAUCAUCCGAUUUUUAAUAAUAAAGGUGAGCAGAAAAGAA